GGAGCUUGACAGCAGUUGUCCGGGCGCAUUGAGCGCACACGUCGCUCUCUCCACUACAUCGCACCACUGCGGUAGCAGCGGGAACGCAGCAGCAGAGGAGGACCCGGCAGGCUCACUUCACUUGUUUCCUGCACGACAAAAUCCAGGUGGCGACUGUGUGUCUCUCUGCCCACUUCAUCGCAGAGGAGGACUUUACCUGAGAGGACGCAGCAACAGCUCCCAGGGCAAUUCUUCCUGCAGCCCGGCGAGAGCGAAACCCGGAGAACUUUUGGCUAUUUUAGCCGAGUGAUUUUUUUAAGCACAUCUCCGUAACCUUGGAAGUCAGACCUGAUUAUUGUGAGAGGAUGGGACCGCUGCUCCUUUCCAUCGCGCUGUGUCUGAGCGCCGCUGUCCCACAGCACGCGAAAGCAGAUGGUGAGGAACCAACUUCAGCAGGCCCAUGCCAUCCAAACCCUUGCCACAACAGAGGAACAUGUGAGAUCAGUGAGACCUACAGGGGCGACACCUUCAUUGGAUAUGUGUGCAAGUGUCCACCAGGCUUUAGUGGAGUCCACUGCCAACACAAUAUUAACGAAUGUGAAAGGGAUCCAUGUAAGAACGGGGGCGUUUGCACAGAUCUGGUCGCCAACUAUUCCUGCGAUUGCCCCGGGGAGUACAUGGGCAGGAACUGUCAAUACAAAUGCUCUGGACCACUGGGCAUGGAGGGUGGUAUAAUCUCCAACCAACAGAUAACAGCCUCUUCCACCCACCGUGCUCUGUUCGGCCUGCAGAAGUGGUACCCGUACUUUGCACGCCUCAACAAGAAGGGCCUGGUCAAUGCUUGGACUGCUGCCGAAAACGACAGAUGGCCGUGGAUCCAGAUAAACCUGCAGAGGAGAAUGAGGGUCACGGGCCUAAUUACCCAGGGUGCAAAGCGUAUCGGCAGCCCAGAGUACGUCAAGUCUUACAAAGUGGCUUACAGUGAUGACGGGAAGACCUGGAGAACAUACAAAGUCAAGGGCAAAGAUGAGGAUAUGAUUUUCAGAGGAAAUGUCGAUAACAACGCUCCGUCAGCCAACUCCUUCACCCCUCCCAUUGAAGCCCAGUAUGUGCGUAUUUACCCCCAAGUCUGCAGGAGGCACUGUACCUUACGCAUGGAGCUGCUCGGCUGUGAGCUCACAGGCUGUUCUGAACCACUGGGAAUGAAAUCAGGCCACGUCCAGGACUAUCAGGUGACAGCCUCGAGCAUCUUCAGGACACUCAACAUGGACAUGUUCACUUGGGAGCCUGGGAAGGCCCGUUUGGACAAGCAGGGCAAGGUCAAUGCUUGGACAGCUGGGCAUAGUGACCAGUCACAGUGGCUACAGGUGGACUUGCUUGUGCCAACCAAGGUCACGGGGAUCAUCACCCAGGGAGCUAAAGAUUUUGGUCAUGUCCAGUUUGUUGGCUCAUACAAAAUCGCUUACAGUAAUGAUGGAGAGCGGUGGAGUGUAUAUCAAGAUGAGAAGCAGGGGAAGGAUAAGGUAUUCCAGGGAAACUUUGACAACGACACCCACAGAAAGAACGUGAUAGACCCACCCAUCUACGCCCGGCUCGUCCGGAUCCUUCCCUGGUCAUGGUAUGGCAGGAUCACUUUGCGUGUAGAAAUACUCGGAUGCACAGAGGAAGAGUGAAGUCCUUUCCUCCAUCUUUCUCGCCAUCAUCCCCUGUCCCUCGGCAUACUGGAGCGUCAGUGCUUCAGAAAUAAACUGUGCAACCUGUAAAAAGAAAUCAAUUUCCAAUGGAUUUUUCAAGAAUAAGUGUUUGGUUGUGGUGGGUUGCUGUUUGUUCUUUUGUACAAUGAUUUAAAAACCUGCCCCUGUUCCACUUUUGUCUUUUUGUUUCCUAUUUAAAGCGUGAUCCUUGUCUUUUUAUUCCUUCUCAAGAUUUGCCAUCCUGUUUGGAAUGAACUUCUAUAAUAUAUACUGGAGGGGUGGGACUGGGGAGCAGAGUCAGAAAGGGGGUCUCACUGUGGUUUUACCUUGUUGCCAUAGAAGCUAUUGUACAGUGUCACUUUUUAACAAAGAUGUGAAAUCUGUCUGUCGUGCUUCAUUGGACAUGAUUAACAACUUCAUACCAUAACUAAACUGUCUAAAAUGCCAUGUAGAGAUGACAUUUUAUCACAUUAUCAAAUAUAUUUUUACUUUGAUCACUACACCUCCUCAAGCCAUGCUUUUACGCUAAUGGACACUGGCAUUACUACAUCAAUCAAAACACUAUUAAUGCUCUUGUAUUAUAUGUAAAAGACUAAGAAAUUGCAUGGUGCGUGAAUUAUAAAUGUAUAUUAUGACGAAUCAUUUAAAAUCUCCAGCCCUGAGAGCAAAUGGCUUUGAUUUAGGGACCUAUUUUUAUGUGCAUUUUUAAAUAGUUCUGAAACAUUACAACACACUGCAAAAGCUUAUUAAAGAUGACUGACAUGUGAGACAAUAAACAAGCUCUGCAGUUGAAAGUGGUACUGCAGCACUGACACUGAGGCUUAUAGGCUCGAUCUAGUUGAAAUGUUUUAAUGCUCUCAUCAGGAGUUUCCUUUUUUUUUGUAACAAUUUGAUUAUUGCUAGACUUUUUCUAAGAUAUUUGGUAAUAUUGUUUGUGUUUGUUCUUUUUUGUAUUUAUUUCAGUGUUUCGUUUCUUUUGUCUCAGCUGUCAGACAUGAAAUCUGUGUUUAAUGUCCUCGUGUUGUCUUGGAGAUCACAGUUGAAUCAAUUAAAAAGCUCAGGAUAGAUGUCAGUCAUAAUUACCCACAAUGUCUAAUUUUAGGCCACCUAUGAAGAUUUCUGUGUAUUAUUAUUUAAAGAAAACAUGAGUGAAAGCAAUUAUUUAAAUCAUAAAAUACACAGAAUUCAAUUGCUGAAAGCAUUUUUUCGUUAAUUUCUUUGAUAUGAUUAUUAAGAAUCUUUAAAUAAUUCCUGUAUUUGCAGAAGAGAGCAAAUGUCCAAUAUUACUAAUAUAUUCAUAUAUAUAUAUAUUUAAUUAUUUCAAACCUACGAUGAUGAUGAUGAGCCAUGGUAACAGUACAGAACUCUAAAUUAAAUAUGGAAAAUGUCUUUAUUUUACAGUAAUCAGUCGUUAUUAUCAUACUGGAUUAAAAUAGUAUAGAAAUUAACUGUUAAAAUGCUGGAAUGUGUUUCCACUUGGCAUGACAGCGGCUCUGUGCAUGUUGAAAUAAUUGCAGGAUGUUUAAAAUAAUUAGAAUCAUUAAGGUUACAGGAGAUAAAGAUGCUGUCAUGCCAAUCUGAGAAAAACAUUUUGCUUAUGCAGUUUUCACUGUAGGGUAACUGCUGUUGGUUCCAUUCUGUGGUAAAUGAACAGUGAUGCUUGGCUGGUUAGAUAAAUGAAAGUAAUCAAGAUUGAGGUAUCACAGCAGUGUUGAAACUUACAGGCCAUUCCACACGACUUAGAAAUAGGCCUGGAUUACUCUGGUGGUUUCCACUCUUGACUAGUUAUCCCAAAGCUCUCGAGUGCUAUAAUAAGACCUGAAAGGAGCCACGUUUUAUGCUUCAGAUUUCACUUAAGACUUGUCAGCUUACAGUCCCUUAACAAACCAAUCAUUUCAUUUUUGGAAUACAAUUUAUUUGUCAUAAGAUUGCAGCACAGUCUGAAAGAGCAGAACAUUAACAGGAAAAUGGUUUUAUUUAAAGCUUCAGCCUCUCUCAAUAGUCUUGAUUGCCUGACAGGAUUGGACAUACAAGAGCGCCGCUAUUAUUUUCAUCUCGUUAUAUUUGAUGAAUAAAAACAAAAGCUGGAAUCAGACAUUCUUGGACUUAAUCCUACAUUCAAAAUUGUGAAAAGCACAGCAAGAAAACAUCUUGCUACAUUUUAUGCUGUCACGCCACCAUCAUAAAUGUUGUUGUAGCUGACAAAUAAUCAGAUGAAAUCUGCAAACACAAGAAAACAGUUUUUUGAUUACCUGGUUAACUGGAAGUGAGCAUAGCCAGUAGUGCUCUGGUUUGGCAAAUUGCAAUGCGAUGCACAGUAGAUGAUAUAUUGUACUACAAUGGCCCUGAUGUGUCUUAAGAUAGGGAUGUCUUGGAAAAGUUUACUUGUGUAAGUUACACUGAAAGACUUUGCUGUACAUUACCAAUAUGUGAAAGUUGUUAUUGGUGUGAAUCAGUGAUUAUCACUCAGUAGGUUCAUGGACACAGGAUAAGAUUAAAUAGAUUAUCUCUCACAGAUUGUUUCGUCUUCUUAAAUUUUAACUGUAAUUCUUUGUUGCCAAAUAGCUGUAUCUUGGCCAGCAACGGCUCUGAUUGAUCUUUGUAGUUAGCUUCCUGUGAGCAUUUAUCACGGAGCAGGCCGGCUACAAAGCUUUGAGGAAGUUUGCAUGAUGUAUGAGUUUGAACAGUACAAUAUAACAAAGAUGUCCACAGGCACAUCAUGUUCUUGCAUAUCAUAAAGAUCUAAUAGCCUUUACUUUGUACUCACCACCAGUUGUCUUGUGCAUUGUAAAACUUCAUCUCACAAGCCCAAAAGGGAGAAAAGUGGAACCUCAUCCUGUCUUUGUAUUUGUACGUCAGCUGUUCACAUAUUAUUUCUUACCUCCUCAGUCUGAGUGUCGACCACUAUCUAGAAAACGUACCUAUUAUAAUGCUGGUUAGGUUCAAGCCUGCAGAGGAGAGUGAGAAACUGUGUACAGUCAGUAAAGACAUUGCUUCAAACAAAAGUUCUUUCAGUUUGACAAAUAAAAACAUAUCUGUGAA